GUGGUCCCUCCUCUCUGCAGGUCUGUGCAGGUGUGAUCAGGUCCCGGUAGUGAUCCGGCUCCGGUGUGAAAGAGACCAGAGACAGAGAUCAGGGUCCCGGGUUAUCCGGGUGAGCUGGCUGUAAACAGGAAGUGUUGGAGACAGGGAUUCAUCGUGAUGGAUUCUGUCUGGUUGCUGGUUCUGGUUCUGGCUCCGCUCUGCGACCAGACUGCUGCUGGAUCAGGACUCCUCAGAGACCCGGAUCCGGACCAGAAGGUAGACCUUAAGGUGGACCUGGACCUGGUCUCGGUCCUCCACCGGGUGGAUCAGCGGUUCCUGUCCGUCACCAUCGAUGCGAGUCUGGCUGAAGAGGAGAAGUUCAUGUCUCUGAUCCGCUCUCCGAAGGUCCGGACGCUGGCUAGAGCUUUGACUCCGGCGUUCCUGAGGUUUGGAGGGACGAGACAAGACUUCAUGGAGUUCACCCCUCAGAGGUUCCAUCAGGACUCUGGUUCCACCGCAGAGCCGACCUGUGAUCAGAUGGAGCUGCCCUCCUGGCUGGAGGACCGGCUGAAGAAGGACUGGACCCGACAACGAGUGGUCCUGAUGAGAGAAGAUCUGCAGAGGAAGUACAGAAGAGUCAAGUUCACAGAGUACACUGUGGACCUGCUGCACUCCUUCACCAACUGCUCCGGGAUGGAUCUGAUCUUUGGGCUGAACGCUCUGCUCAGAACAGCUGACAACAGCUGGAACAGCAGCAACGCCGCCUCGCUGCUGAGCUACUGUGAGUCCAGACGCUACCGGAUGUCCUGGGAGCUCGGCAACGAACCAAACAGCUAUGAGAAGAAGGCCGGGAUCCGAGUGGACGGACGUCAGCUGGGACGGGACUUCACUCGUCUCAGAGACAUGAUGUCACAGUCCAAGUUUUACCACGAUGCCGCGCUGUACGGGCCGGACGUCGGUCAGCCUCGAGACCGCCGGACGGACAUACUGGAGGGGUUCCUGCAGACUGGAUCUGAGGCUGUAGACGCUCUCACCUGGCACCAUUACUAUGUGAACGGCAGAGACACGUCGCUGGAGGACUUCAUCGAUCCUGAAGUUCUGGACACGCUGGCCUUAAAGACCACAGAAGUCCUCAAGAAAGUGAAGCUGGUGUCUCCUGAGAAGCCCGUCUGGCUCGGAGAGACGAGUUCAGCGUUUGGAGGAGGAGCGGUCGGACUGUCGGACACGUUCGUCGCUGGAUUCAUGUGGUUGGAUAAGCUGGGUCUAGCAGCCAGGCUGGGUCUGGAUGUUGUGAUGCGUCAGGUGUUCAUCGGUUCUGGUAGUUAUCACCUGGUGGACGACAACCUGGAUCCUCUUCCUGACUACUGGUUGUCUGUCCUCUACAAGAGACUCGUCGGUCCGGAGGUUUUAAAAGUCGGAUUUUCCAGCUUCGCUCGAAGUAAAAGAGUUCGUCUGUAUCUGCACUGUUCCACCAGAGAGAGUUCCAGCAGCGGAGCGGUGACGUUGAUUUCUCUGAACCUGAGUAAGAAGCCGGUCUGGAUUGUGGUUCCUGCCUCCGUCUCCUCCAGCACAGUGGAGGCCUUUGUCCUCCAGUCGGACCAGCCGGGGGAGGACGGCCUCUACUCCAGGAGUGUGAAGCUGAACGGAGACGUGUUGAAGAUGGUUGAUGAUCAAACUCUCCCCGACCUUAAAGCAGCUCCUCUUCCUCCAUCUGAACGCCUGCAGCUUCCUGCCUUCUCUCUGGCCUUCUUCGUCUUCACCGACGCCGCCGCCGCCGCCUGCAUCUGACCACACAUCACCUGAUACCUGCAGCCAGGUGAGGCUCUGAGAGCUGCAGCCAGGUGAGCUGUUCAUCACUGGACUAAAUCUCAGGUGACUCUCUGAACGGACUGUUGGUGAUGGAGAGUCUGUUUAUAUACAAUAUUGUCUGUUGGGUUUCUUGGUUCCUGGUCUAAUCUUCCUACAAUAACUACUGACAGAACUAAAGCUACCUGCUAACUCUCUGUGUUCUAAUAAUCAACAAGUCAAUAAACCAAGUGUUUCUGUUAA